UCCUUUCCUGCUGCCUGGUCCGCUAGCCUGUGAACCCAAACCCCUGGCACCAAUACUCCUGCUCUUUCUCCACCCCAUAACAUAUUGAUACUCCUGCCUGUUCAAUAGAAUCUGAUACGUUAUUUUCACCCGCUUUUUGUUUGCGACGGUGAUGAUAAUAGGCUAAGGGAACCCCCAGCCCUCACUCUACGUAUUUCACGUGAAGAGAAAACGUUGCGCGUGUUUCUCUCUCUGUUCCUCAUCGUUACCAUGGCUGCUUGCCUCCUGGUCGCGUCAGUUCUCCAUUUCCUGGCCCAAGCUCCUCCGGUGUCGAGUUGCGGCCCGCCCCUGGACGCGGCGGCCGCCACCGUCGCCCCGUCAGAGUGCUCGGAGCCCCACAUCGCGGUCGGCGACAAGUGCUACGCCUUCCUACUGGACUUCGCGCGCACGUGGGCCGAGAGCCGGGACUACUGCCAGAGCAUCGGGGGAGACCUCGUCGUGGUGCAGUCGUGCGACGAAUUCACCACGCUGGUUCGGAACAUCCACAUGCUCGGACAAGAAGUGCCAGACCGCUUCUCCUACUGGAUCGGCGGGACAGAUCUGGGAGACGAAGGUUCCUGGACCUGGAUUGAUGGCACUCCGAUGGCCAUGGGGGUGCCGUUCUGGGGGCAGGCUGGCGAAACGUUUGAACCGAACGGGGGGGAGACGCAGAACUGUGCUCAGAUCUACAAGGACGACCGUUACUUCAUCCACGACGGGGAGUGUGAGAAGCACGGCUACCCCCUUUGCCAGGAAGGUCUGGUGGCGCGUCUCGACAACCAGGGACAGCUGAUCAAAGAGGAAGAUUAAAAGCUUUGUCCAAAGGCAGAGCAAUCGGAGUUGGGAUAUGUGAACUGAUGCGUUGGUCAAGCGUGGGAAAAGGAUUGUUCUAGCUUGUUCAUUGUAAAUAGAGGGAGGUCGUACCUGUAUUCAUCAAUACUGAAAUGUACUUUAUUUUAUUUUUCCUUUCUUUCAAUGUUUCCUGUUCUCUACACAGCCUCCAAAUUAUCAAUUCCUGUUCAAAAAUACAUGAUUACC